AUGCAGUACGUAGACCCGCUAGGAAAUAUUUAUAGAAAGGACAAUGCUCUGGGUCGGUGGGUGGAAAUCCCGCAAGAGCAUUUUUUAUCUGAGAAGCAGUAUAUAACAGAUAGAAAAUCAUUCUGCAACUAUAGUUUUUGCAUGAGGCAGAAUGUACCAAUUGUUGCUCUAAACAAAACAAACUCAUUGGCUGUCAUGGCUGACUUGGAUAAGGAGGCAUCUAUUUGCGUGAUAAACAUUCUACUGAAGGAAAAUGCAUAUGUACCCAGUCACAAAAUAUUGCAAUAUUUAUCCAAAGAUGCUGUUCUGGAAUACGCUAAUGAAAUAGGGGCUCCUUCAAUCAUAGAAGUGUGCACCAAUAGAGGAAAAAAAGAAGGAAAGACAAAAAGCGAGGUGUGCAAAGUAAUAAUUGAAAAGGCUCUAGAGAUUGGAAGACUAAUAGAAGACGAAGAGUACGCGCCUAAGACAGUGAUAUUCCUGGGGAUUGCAGAGUAUCUAUCAGAAUGCAACUAUAUGAUGCACUCUGGUCACAUAGUACUAUGUGCAGAAUACCAGAAGCUAAAGAGGCAUAUAAAGAGCCAUCCGCUGAGAAUAUACUGCAGUGUAGAAAAAAGCCUGAAGGUACCAAUUAAUAUCUCCAUGCUGGAGUGCUGCAUUAAAGAGCCAGAAGUAGAGCAGAGCAUUAGAGAGAAUAGAUUCACAGGGCCUCUAAAGGACUGCAUAGUUGAACUUCCUGCUCCUGUUGUAGAAGCUGUUUUUAAAAAGAGCAGAGCAAGAAGAGCGCAGGAGAUCAUAGAAAUAAUCAAUAGCACGGCAUCAGACACUGGUCUUUGCAGCAGCAUCCACGAGUUCUACAGCGAGGCAUUUAAAGAGUGUGCAUCUGCAAGGGAAGAGGCAGCGUAUUUGGGAGUGUGCUUAGAGGCGGAGUAUUGCCGGCUAAAAGAGGAGAGGAGGCUGCUGAGCGAGACAGAAGAGGGAGAAAUAAAAUAA